AUGACAAGCGCUUGCAUUUGGCAAGUAUCUUCCGAAAGUGGAAAUGAAAGUAGUUUUCCGGCUUUGGAGUCUUCCUCGAGCAGUGAAUCAUUGGCUACUUUUAGAGCCGAAAUAGCGGCCAAUAACGAAGCUGAGAUUUAUGCUCGCAUACAGAGUCUCCAGAGCCGUGAUUACUACGACCUUCCUCCCCAGAAUAAUCCCGGGAAGUAUGAUGGGCUUGUUCACAAUAACUUCGAGCAAGCUAUUGAUGUGCCCCAUUAUAGGGCCAUACUUGAUAGAGAAUAUUUUGAACUCACAGUAUUAGAAAGAAAGGGUCUAUUGCAAGAUAGGCUCUUCGAUCUUAUGUUUGGUGAGCAAAAGAUUUAUCGUAUCAUGGAACUUUUUCCAUUUACGAAUAUAAGGGCGGAGGCGUACGACUUGCCAUGGGGAGAUACCGUCAGUGAUCCAUGGAUCUCCGAUCGGGAAACCGUAUCCAAGAUCCGUGGCUAG